AUGAAGGCUGAGUAUGCUGCACUUGUCCACAAUCAAACGUGGACUCUGGUACCCCCUAUCUCUCAAACUAAUAUACUUAGUUGUAGAUGGGUUUUUCGUACAAAAACCCAUGUCGACGGGUCCUUUGAAAGGAGAAAGGCCCGUCUUGUUGCAAAAGGAUACCAUCAACAAUUUGGUGUUGAUUAUCUGGACACUUUCAGUCCGGUUGUGAAAGCCUCUACCAUUCGGCUUAUUAUUUCACUUGCUAUUUCUCAUGCUGACCCAUCUCUGUUUAUCCUGAAUUACAAUGCCACUAAAAUUUAUCUGCUCGUCUAUGUUGAUGAUAUAGUGAUCACUACCUCACAGUCAUCAGCUAUCUCAAAUUUAAUUCAUGAUCUUGGCAUUAUUUUUCCUGUCAAGGACCUUGGCCCUCUAUCUUUCUUCUUAGGAAUAGAGGUUGAUUACACUCCUAGUGGCCUUGUUCUAUCUCAAAGGAAAUACAUCAAUAGUCUCUUAGCCCGUACUCAAAUGCUGACUACCAAUCCAAUGUCCUCUCCCAUGGCAGCAUCUCUAAAACUCUCUAAGCAUGACACGCCUGACUUUGAUGAUGCUACAAUCUAUCGUAGCAUUGUAGGAGGCCUACAAUAUCUUUCCAUGACCAGACCUGAUAUGUCCUUUUCAGUUAAUAAGGUUUGCCAAUUUAUGCACUCUCCCAAAGUUCCUCAUUGGAGUGCUAUAAAAUGCAUUCUAAGAUACUUAAAAGCCACUAUCAAUCAUGGCUUAUUUUUCUCCUCCAACUCUAGUCUUACUCUUCAAGUAUAUUCCGAUGCUGAUUGGGAAGGUUGUCCCGAUGAUCGCAGAUCAACUAGUGGCACUUGUAUAUUUCUAGGCAAACACCUUAUUUCUUGGAGCUCCAAGAAACAGCAAACAGUUGCACGCUCCUCCACUGAAGUCGAAUAUAAGGCUAUUGCUUCCUCUGCAGCUGAAGUCACAUGGCUACAAACUGUUCUUAGAGAGCUUGCCGUUCCAUUAUCUCAAGCUCCUACCUUGUGGUGUGACAACUUAGGAGCCACAUACCUCUCGGCUAAUCCUGUUUAUCAUUCAAAAACAAAACACAUGGAUAUUGAUUAUCAUUUUGUAAGAGACAAAGUGGCUGCCCAUACACUCAAAGUUUCUUUUAUCAGCUCCAAAGAUCAGAUUGCAGACAUAUUGACAAAACCUCUUGUUGCUGAUAAAUUUUCUCAUCUCAGAACCAGUCUCAAAGUUGUUGAUACUCCUUUGGACUCGAGGGGGCGUAUCAAGAUACAUAACUCAGAAUCACCCAAGAGUAUACCCAAGCAGCGUGACAAGCAUACAAAAUGCAUAAAUUGCUAA